AUGUCAUUCUAGCAGACUUAAUCCUAGCUGAGGCUCGUCAAAUUCUGUAAUGUCGAGCCGAUUGAUGCAGGAUUCAUCAACGUGGAUUCUCCCUCGCCGGGGCAAGAGUUACGGAUUGGAAGGCAUGAUCAGUAGAUUCUCGCCUGCUUUGUGGGGAAGCACAGGAGUAGCCAUGCUCGUAGUUGCGGUCACGUUGAUGGCAGCCGGAAACCGACACUGGGCUCUGAAUGUCUGGGGCAGCGUUUGGGAGCAGUCGGCUGACCGCUUGCCCCGGAAUACCCGUGUCAUCUGGAUCUUGUGGUUACUUCUGUGUCUUCAUUUGGCAGCCGCUUACAGAACUGCACUCGUCAGUCUUUUGACAAAUCCCCUGAUACACCAGAUAAACAGUGUAGAGGAACUCGUUGAUGAUGCAGGCCUGAAACUCGGCAUGCGGAUUGAGGUGGAAAAAUACUUGGACAAAAAUGAUGAAACACAAAGGAAGAUCUUGGCACGGUACAUCCCUUGCAAAAGUAUCAAAAAAUGCUUUAUGGAAGUCCCGGAAGGCAGAGCAGUAUGGAUCAACACAAUGUACGCAAAUUAUUUGAACACAAUGGAAAAUGUGACGGUAUCAAUGCUCGAGAAUAUUCGUCACCUAACAACUCAUGACACAUACAAAGUUGCGAUGAUUUAUGCAAAGGGUCACGCGGUCUCACCAAUCUUUGACAAAUACGUGCUGAUGUUAUUACAAGCUGGUUUUGCUGAACAUUUGGUCAGAGAAACGGAAUUCUUGCAGAAGAUCACUAAUGCACGCAAACGUAAUUUCGCGGACAAGAAACCAUUAUCAUUUGCAAAUGUCAGAGAAGGGUUUUAUCUGCUUGCCGUGGGUUUAACGGUGGCCGGAUUGUCAUUCUUCUACGAGACGUUCCAAUAUUUUUCAAAGAAAAUAAUUCCGAAUCAGAUUGGUAAAUAAACGAUAAGAAUCUCCUGAGAAUGACUUGGAAACUUUUUCUUCGAGGCAAACAAUGUGGCACUUUUCAAUUUCCCUUCAUUGCAUACUUCGUAGAUACCUUUGAAUUCGAAUAAUAAGACUAGAGUACUGUCAAUCAGAAUUCAAUCAGAACCCAAUUCUCCACAUUUUUUAAAAUUUAAGGCUGACUUUUUUAAUAUUGGUGAAUUUCUCUCUCUCUCUCUCUCUCUUUU